AUGAAGCAGGCGAAGGACAAGACAGGCCGACCAAUUGCGACCAACUUCCUCACACUGCCUGACAAGAAUGUCGUUCCCGACUACUAUGAGAGAAUCAGACUUCCAAUCGCGCUGGAUACUAUCGAGGCGAAACUCAACCGCCGAGAAUAUCCGAACCUCUCAGCCGUGGAGAGCGACCUCAAACGCAUGGUUACGAAUGCUAAAAGCUACAACGAAAGAUCCUCAGUCCUCUACGAAGAUGCGGAGCGGAUUCGGAAGACCGCGUCGAAUUGGAUGGUCAAACACAAUCCCGCGUACAAUGACGCUGAUUACAUAGCCGUUGCAACACCAAUACCAGAGGGCCUACUGAACGGAUCGACACCUCUGGGCGCCAGCGGAGGAGCCGCUGUUCAUGAUAGCGGUGGGCGGCUGAGGCGUGGUGCUGCUGUGUCGUCGGCUGCACCCGAGACUCCUGCGUCAAGGCCGAAGAAGCGCCCAGGAACCUCAGGUGAAAGGGAGCCUUCCAGCGUAGAUGUAGAACUGGUGAGCAAGACCUUUAUGGAGGCUCAAGACCAGAUCGUGGAGGGGAUUAUCAAGUACAAAGAGCCACAAAGUGGCCUUGAGAUCUUUCAACCCUUUGUCAAUUUGCCGCCGCGAUCGCUCACGGACUACUAUCACACAAUCAAGAAUCCAGUCUCUCUGAAGGGUGUGCAGAAGAGGGUCAGAGGCGUACAUGGCAGAAACCAGCCGACGUGGAAAACGGACCUCAAGACUUGGGAUGCUUUCGAACAGGAGUUCAGCAUGAUCUGGAAGAACGCCCGCUUGUACAACGAGGACGGGAGCGACAUCUACAACCUGUCUGUAGAGCUCGAGGAAUUCUUCAAUGCCCGGCUCGCCGAGGCGAAGUCCAAGGUCCAAGAGCCUCCAAAGAUGACCAUGAAGCUGAAUAUGUCAGCUGCCGCACCUUCGAAACCGACAAUCAAGCUCCGCCUGAAGCCGAGCCCGGCACCUCAACCUGGAUCUGACCCUGGAGCAGCGCGCAACUCGGCAACCUCUGGUGUUAUGGUGGACAAUGGAGCGCUCGAGAGGCAGAAGUUACAUGUCAAGGCCGGCAUGAACGGCCACAGGCCACCUUCCUCCUCAACUCCGGCGUCUGGCGACGCCAGAUCUGGCUCCGCUUCAACACCGGUUCCAGCGACCGGCUACAACCACAAUAACGCAACUGGCGCUUCUCCCCCAACUCAAGUGAAUGGCGUGAAGCAUGAAGCGCCGGCCGGUCAGUCACCUGCUUUGGUUGCUAUCAGACCUUCCAGCGCCGCACCUGACGCGGUGCUAGACGGGCGGAGAACCAGUAUACCAGCGCAAACACCCCAACUUGCGUCAGCAGCUAUGCCUCCGCCCCCAAGCGUGACGCCGCGACCCCCGAGUAGCAGUCCGCACCCGCACCCUUCACACCUGCAGCAGGGAUACCAAUACCAUCCCUCCUACGCUGCGCCUGCGCCCGGGUUAGCCAACAAACACCGCGCACCAGGCAAGACCGCAGCAGACGCCCUCCUCCCCAACAUCCGCCUCAGCGCCCACCCCGGCCUCAAACUCGCCAAAGACUGGAAGCUCGAUAUCCCCGCCUCGCCGGAGCUGACGCAGCAGUCCGUGACGCUGACGCUCCCUUCGACGCACUACUUCAUCCAAAUCACGCCCACCAUCCCCGUCGCGCUCACCUCGCGCGCCUUCAAGGUCUUUGUCACGGUCAACCAUAACCGCUUGUACGAGGUCACGAAGCCGGAUCGUGCCAAGGGGAAGCCGCUUUAUGAGGGGAGGCUGGAGCCGGGGAAGGUCAAUAGGAUCGAGGUGGAGGUCGUAGCGGAGGUCGCCAGACCGGAGGCGAGGGCGUCGCCGGUGAAGGCGGGGGGCAUCGAGGGGGAGAAGUUGACGGCUUUUGUGCAUCUGAUGAGGAGUUAG